UAAUGAGGUGUGUAUAUGUGUUUUUUUUCCCUUUUGCAUCUCUUAUGGGAACUACGAAGGCAGAAGGACGGAAAAGAUAAUGGAGUUCCACAGCACGGCGGAGGUGAACACUCAGUGGAAACCUCCACUAGACUACAGCAACACAUCCACAUCCAAGUCUGUCACUCCACAGGUAUCGGACAGAAGCUCACACGCAGAGACGACCGACGCGGGCGGGUUUCUGCCCUGUCACUCAAAACCGUUAGUGGAUAACAAGGAGUUCUCCAGUUCAGAGACAAAUAACGAGCAGGAUUUGAGGGACACUCACGGUCCCUAUUCCAGAAUAAACAUUUAUUCUUCGGAAGACAGCGAUGAAGACGUCUGUGCCUCCAGACUGAGGAAGACUAAGAGUAUCUUGGAUGAGUUAUUUACUGACGAGUCAAACGACUCGGCGUCAGACAGUGGAGAGGAUCUUCCUUCAAAACCCGGAGACGAGAGCGACGAGAGCAGCUCAGACAUCAGCGAGCGCCCUCGACCGAGUGCAAGUACACGCCGGAGGUCAAAGGUUGAUGGCGUGGCUGUAAACAAGACUGAGAAAACCGAGGAUGGGAGGAGAGUUUAUAAUAAAAAACACUACUGCCUGUUCUGCUUGAAACCUUUCAGCAAAAUAGCAAGACAUUUGGAGGACAUUCACUCGAAGGAAGAGGAAGUCUCGAAAGCGUGCAGUUUCCCAAAAGGUUCCAAACAGAGGAGGAUUUAUUUGGAUGAGCUUCGUCUCAGAGGGAAUUACAUCCACAACAUCGCUGUACUGAAAUCAGGGAAAGGCGACUUGAUCCCGUAUAAACGUCCGCGAGGGGAAAUGAAAGCGAGCGACUUCAUGCACUGCCCGCACUGUCAGGGCUUAUUCACCAAAAAAGUGCUGUGGAGGCACAUGAAGGUGUGCAAACUGAGUCCUAAAGAUUACGUGCCCAAGCCUGGGAAGAACCGUGCACUCUCUCUGUGCGCUGCCACGCAGCCGGUGCCUCGGAACAUCAGCCCCGAGCUGUGGAAGAUUUUAAGCGUCAUGGUCUCAGAUGAAAUCACCGAAGCUGUAAAAAAUGACAGCUGCAUCAUCCAAAUGGCGGAAUACUGGCUCCGGAAGAGCGGAGAAUCUCAGAACAGUCAGUGCUUCAUCCGGCAAAAGUUACGAGAGUUAGGAAAACUGCUGCUCAGCGGCCGGAAAGUGACGUCUCUCAGGAAGCUGGAGGAUUUUAUUGACCCGUACAACUGCAUGCAGGCGGUGGAAGCGGUGCGGCACGCGUGCGAAUACAACAGUGAGAAAAACACGUACAAAAUUCCGUCCCUCGCUAAAAAACUGGCCAUUUGCCUGGCGCAGCUCAGUCGCCUCAUACGGACUAAAGUGGUGAUGCCGAAAAAUGCGAAGCUGGCACGAAAACUGCAGAACUUCCAAAAAAUCCACGAGGAACGCUGGAACGAUUUGCUGUGCGCAACAGUGUUGAGGAACUCUGAAGAUGAGGAGGUGAAAUUUAAACCUCCGACGCUGUUGGCUUUCACAGAAGAUGUUCAGAAGCUCCACACGUUCCUCAACAAAGCGCAGGACGAAUUCACAGCACGGUUAUCCGCAGAGUCGUCCACCAAACACUGGUCAGAUUUAGCGAAGGUUGCUUUGACGCAGAUCAUUCUGUUCAACCGGAGCCGGGAAGCCGAAGUGGUGAGCAUGACGCUGGAGACUUUUUUAUCCCGAGACAACACCGAUCCUGCCACAGACAUCGACUGGGCUCUGACCGAGGUUGAAAAACAACUCUGCCGCCACUUUUACAAAAUUGUCAUCCGGCGAGACGGAGCGCGUCCCAUUCCUAUCCUGCUGACUCUGAAGAUGCUGCGCGCCCUGCAGCUGCUGGUGGAAAAGCGAGAAUCCUGUGGCGUGAUGAAGGACAACUUUUACGUCUUCGCCCGGCCCUCGGCCUCGUCUCAUUUCAGGUGCUCAGACUGCGUUCGAGGCUUCGCGUUGAUUUGCGGAGCGAAAGAUCCUCAAGCGCUGACUUGUUGGAAAUUGCGGAAGCGGAUGGCGACGUUGUCCACGGUGCUGAAUCUCGGAGACCCGGAAAUAAACCAGUUAGCAAGCUUUCUUGGACACGAGCUAAUCAUCCAUGAUGAGUUUUACCCUCUGCAUGAAAGGACACUACAGCUAGCAAAAGUGCACAAGGUGCUAACGGCAAUGGAGCAGGGACGAAUGAUGGAGUUUAUGGGCAAGAACUUCUCAGAUAUCGACAUUCAACCUGAUGAGAAAGUUGAUCUGAGCAGCGACAAAGUAAAGAAGAGCUGGGAAUGUUCAGGGGUGUUUCCAGGCACUUGUCCGGGAAAAAAGGGAGUUCAGAAAAAGAGGAAAACGUGGAGCGGGCCUGAAAUCCAAGCCGUGGAAAAGCACAUGAAAGAUUACAUCACUUCCUGUCGAGUUCCAGGCAAAGCGGCGUGCGAGAACUGCUUAAGCGCCGAGCCUUUAACGCUUAAAAAGAGAGACUGGCAGAGCAUAAAGUUCUACAUCUACAACCGCAUCAUGGCUCAGAAGAGAGACACGAGCCACAAAGUCUGAGGAGUUUCAUUUGAUUAUUUUAAAAUGUGAAAAAAAAAAUCAUGCUAAUGCUUUCAAACUGCAGCAUUAAAAAUGUGUUAAAAUCUGUAUGUUACAUUAGCACAGGAGUCAUUAUUUAGAGGACCAGGAAAGUAUUUUAACUGAUUAAACUGAAGAAAUAAUUAAAUAAAAUCAUUAAACCUUAAAAAACCAAAAACCGGGGUGCAGUUCAGCGACUGUAGCUACAAGGCUAAUCUUUAUAACCAACAUCAGACCUUCAGUCGUUAUUAUUCUGUAAGGAAAUUUGAACAAUCUCGGGUUACGUUACGUUCACACUCGCGGGCGACGAGUCACACGUGUUGCUUACAGUUUUAUUUCUUACUGGACAGGCCACACCCACAAUAUGGUGGUGUGUGGGUGGGUUUUAUAUAUAAGUUCUCAUGAGAUGUUAGUAGCUGUGUGUGUGUGCGCUAGCUAAUUGAUCACAGUUAGAUAGCAUAUACGGUCGUGUGAGUUAUGUGUCACGAACUCUGCUUCAUUCUCGGAUUAGAUUAGCAAAAUGUGCUAGCAGUACUAGCUCCGCACACCAGAGACUCCAACAGUCUCUGAUAAAAAGCUUUACUUUUCCUCUUAACCUUUAUUUGGGUUUGCUGCUUCUGUAAUGCAUCGUACCUAAUUUGCAUAGAAUGAAGAAAACCUUGUUUGAAAUGUCGCUUUGUGGUUUCGUGUCGCGCGGUUACGCUCUGUCGCUCGCCGGUGUGAACGCAGAGUUUCUCCAUCAGCUCCAGCAAAGAUCGUGUCUUUUUUUUCCCCCUCCCCCCUCUCUCUCAACCACAAGCAAACUUUUGAUGACUUUGAAUCCUGUGGAAUUUAUUUUAUUUUAUUUUUUAACAUCCUGACCAAUCGGUGCAAAUUUGCAGAGUAAAUGAGUAAAAACAAUCCUGUAGGACAACAUGCUGGGGGGAACAAAGCAAGUCUUGUUACUGAGCGACAUGUCGAACGGAAUAUAUUUCACUGAUGAUGUUCCAAAGUAGCUACAAAUAACGUCUGCUUCUGAGGCACGACUCACACAAACCGCCUCCUUAUCGACACCAGUCUGUUUCAUCUGCACUACUGAGAAGAAUAAAUCGAAUCUAGAGAACAAGCUAUGGUGUACAGGUAGCUAACAGUAGCUACGUCUGAUAAGUGAGUUGUCAUGGUUACAGUGUGAAGGCAGCCAGUUGUCCUGCAGUGUUGUAGCGCUGCUGUAGCCUUCACGCCGUGUGUCGUCGGAUCACGUUGUUAUUAUUAAUAAUACUCCACAGAUGUAGAGCUAAAAACAGCACAGUGCAUUACAUAAACCUGUGUGUAUGUGUAUUUUUUGCCCUGACUAACCGUUUCUUCAACUCGACUCUAACGGAAUUCUGUCCUCAGAGUUUGUGGUGAAAGUGAGUAAUAAAGUUGUAGUGUGUGACUUUUUUGUUAAGGCGUAAACUUUCACACUCGUGUCAGAUUUGUGUCAGUAAAUCGAUAUGACUAGCUGUGGCUGUACGUAUGGACAUAAUGAAGCUUUUCACACUUUAUAUGAUGAUGAUGAUGAUGAUAUCACACCGCAUUAAACUCCACACCAUGUUUAAAGCUGGACUGCAUGAUUUCUGUUUGUUCAUGUAACACCACCAUGUUACGCUUUUUCAUAAUAAAUACAGCAGGCACUCUGUUCCUGUGUUCUGUAUAACUGUA